AGGCUGUUUCCUGCUGUCACGCACCGCGCCGGAAUCCUCAGCCCGAGCCCGAGCUCGAGCUCGAGCUGGAGCUGCGGACGUUGAGGCGGUAGAGCCGAGCGCGAGCUUGAUCCCAGGGGUCCGCUGUCAUGUGUCUGGAACCGGCGACAUGGCGAGUCAGCUGCGACGGCAGCACCAGGAGCGGAAACUGUUAAUGGUCGGCGUGAGGGCUGACUGGGCGGUGAAUGGGCUCGGGGAGUGCAGCCCGGCUCCGGCGCCUUGUUUACCUUAGUGUGGCCGCCUGGCAGACUCUCAGGGCCGGCUCCCGGAGAAUCCACCUCCCCGCUCCCUGCUUUCUCGGAACCCCCACCCCGGGUUUAUUAUGUUCUUCAUAAAGAUGGCGGAGGAACCACAGGCUGCAAACUAAUGACUGUCAGAAACAUCGCUUCAAUUUGUAAUAUGGCCCCUCUCCACGGUGAACUGGGCCACGGUCUUCUCCACAUCUGCUGUCAGGAGGGCACCAAUGCCUCUGCUCUGGAGAAAGACAUCGGUCCAGAGCAGUUCCCAAUCAAUGAACACUACUUUGGUUUGGUCAAUUUUGGAAACACCUGCUAUUGUAACUCUGUGCUGCAAGCUCUCUACUUCUGUCGACCAUUUCGGGAAAAUGUACUUGCAUACAAGGCACAACAGAAGAAGAAGGAAAAUCUGUUGACCUGUUUGGCAGACCUGUUCCAUAGCAUUGCCACCCAGAAGAAAAAAGUUGGUGUGAUUCCUCCCAAGAAAUUCAUUUCUAGGCUACGUAAAGAGAAUGACUUGUUUGAUAACUACAUGCAACAAGAUGCACAUGAGUUUCUGAACUACCUAUUGAACACCAUCGCUGACAUCUUGCAGGAGGAAAAGAAGCAAGAGAAACAGAAUGGGAAGUUGAAGAAUGGAAAUGCAAAUGAAAUAGAAGAGAACAGUAAGCCUGAACCGACCUGGGUGCAUGAGAUCUUUCAAGGAACACUCACUAAUGAGACACGAUGCCUGAACUGCGAAACGGUUAGCAGCAAAGAUGAAGAUUUUCUUGAUCUUUCAGUUGAUGUGGAACAGAACACAUCAAUUACACAUUGCCUCAGAGAUUUCAGCAACACAGAAACACUGUGCAGUGAACACAAAUAUUAUUGUGAAACAUGUUGCAGUAAACAGGAAGCUCAGAAAAGAAUGUGUGUCAAGAAGCUACCCAUGAUCCUCGCAUUACAUUUGAAGCGGUUCAAAUACAUGGAACAAUUACAUCGAUACACAAAACUCUCUUACAGAGUAGUGUUUCCGCUGGAGUUGAGACUGUUUAAUACAUCAGGCGAUGCUAUUAAUUUGGACCGCAUGUAUGAUCUGGUGGCAGUUGUUGUUCACUGUGGCAGUGGCCCUAACCGUGGACACUAUAUAACUAUUGUGAAAAGCCAUGGCUUCUGGCUUUUGUUUGACGAUGAUAUUGUUGAGAAAAUUGAUGCUCAAGCAAUUGAAGAAUUCUAUGGUCUGACUUCAGACAUUUCAAAAAACUCAGAGUCUGGAUAUAUUUUAUUUUAUCAGUCGAGAGAAUAAAUUGUAAAGUAUUGGCCUGAAUAAUCAGGUGGAUAAAUAGUUAACUAGUCCAAACAUGCUCAGGCCAUUGCCAACUGAUAGUUAGGACAUAUAGUGCUUUCAGGGCCCUUUUUUGUACAGGGCAUCCGAACAGGAUUCAUGGUCGUAUUCCAGGCAUUUGUCAGCUACUAGCAAAUGUGAUCUUACAAAAGAGUUCUGUAAGUCCGUAGUUUUGGCAAGGGAAUAUCCAGUCAAAAUACUAACAAAGGUAAUGCAAGUAUGCAUGCAAGUCUUCCCUAGUACAUGAAAGUAAGCCAGUAGUUAUGGUAAUAUUCCAGAUGUUGUUCACUGAGGUGCAUUUUCCUUUGCUGAUCCAAUAUGCUCAUUUGUUUCACUAAUAUCAGACCUUCAUGAAGAGGUCAUUUAUCUUCCCUCUUCCCCGUCUGCUUCUAAAACUAUUGAAGUUGAAGUUUGUCUGUCUAAAAUGACUACUAAUUCACUGGAUUUUAGGGUGGAAUUAAUUGAUUGUAUUCUGGCUGAUAAUGUGUCUAUCUCAAUGUAAAUGAAAAUAAUACGGCAUUACAGACUCAUAAUUUUUUAAAUAUUAGUUUCCCUUUAAAAAACAGAUUGGUGUGUAGUGGAUGUAUAUCACAGAAAAUAUGACUUGGUUAACUUGGUUCAUUUCAGUUUUAUCAGCACCAAAUGAUGAUGGAUUCUGAUUUUUGCAUAUGUAAUAAGGUCCUGUCUACUGAAAGAUCAAAAGUGGGGGAACAAAUCACAGACAUGCGUUACUUUAUUUUAAUAUACAAUGAAAUUAGUUUCAAGAUGAAUUUGGACCUCGUGAGCAGUCACCUUUUAAAUGCUGCAGUAUUGUAUUUGGCAGCAUUUAAUUGUUUAGGUUUAUAUUCUAUAAUGGGAAGACACCUAUAGCUGGAUAGUACUAAAGGAUCAUAUUGAUCGUUGUUAAUCAAGUAUAUUGUAUGGUUUUUUGGAAUGUAUUCUGGUGUUUUUGUUUUAAUCAUAUCAUUUAUGGGAAUACAAUAAAUGUAUUAGAUGGAAUAGAAUGGUAUUUCUGCCAGAGAUUUGAGUAUCUUAACAAAGUGAGUAAACCUGUUGGAUGGCUUAUAACUUUAAAAGGAACAAAAAGUGCUCCGUCUCAAAACUGAAAUCUCAUUUCUGUAUACUAUAGAGUUUAAAAACAUAUUGUGUUUGAUGUACUAUGUUGGUUCAAGUGUCUAUUAAUCUCAUACUGUUUAGAUUAUGGUUCAGAUCAGAUUAGAUUUGGUUUAUACAGUACUAAUCAAAUCAAAGUGCUUCUUAAUUUAAAAUCCGACAACUAACAUUUCUGUUUGCAAAUUUGAGGCUUCUUUUGUCUUUAGGUUUUUACCCUCUACAAAAUAUUUAUUGUUCUCUUAUUGACUUUGUUUCUAAAUUCACAUUCCUAAGAUGGUCUACAUCAGAUUGGGGUAUAAAGGUGUUGCACACAAGAAACCUUGAGCUUUAAAAUAGCAAACUGUAUUAUGUCACCUUCCUGUUUUCCCUCUCUCCAAAAAUUUAUCUUGGCAAUUGGUUGCUUCUGUUGUUAUAAUUGUUUACUUUACACUUUUUUAUGAUGAGCUCCUAAAGUAAGGAACAUUUUAAAAAUUGAUGGAGAUCUAGUGGAAUAGGAAACUUCCUACAGAUUUUUCCUUUGUUUACCUUUCCAAACAAAAGUCACUGCAGUACAAAAGAAGAAAGGCAGCCAGAGACAGUUCAUUAACCAUAUUUUUAUAGCCUUUUGUGCAGUCAGUGUUUUGUAAACCUCAUUUUACAUUGUUCACCUUGGUACUUUUUGAAUUUUCUAGUUAUUAUCUUUCUCAGUUAAGUUUAAAGGGAGUCUUAUUAUUUGACUGGAAUGUUUCUGCAAUCAGAUUAUCCUGGAUCUCAAUUUAGUGUGCUUUUCUAACUUUAAGAUCUAUAUUACGUAUGAGUUUAUUAUGACUAACACCUGUAGCACUUGCUUACAUUGCCUAGUAAUAAUACACGAUUUCUAUAAAGCCAGCCUCAAGCUCAGCCAAAGGUUUCUUUGGCCAUUUGAAUUUGUUGAGGGAGGGAAAAUCCAUGGUAUGUAAAAUUACUUCUGUUGAUCCUCCGUACACAGUUGUCCUAUGAACUUGUUAUAUCCAAGUCUUGUAAAUGUAAGAAAAUAUGGUCAAUAUUCUUUAUUCUCUUAUUAUCUAAUUCUCUAGAAUAAUUGUUUUUUAAUCCAUGGAACCUAUUUAAGUGAUAUCUUGAAACGGUCUUCUUGUAUAAAAGAGGCUUUUCUAAAUGUAUUGCAGGAUUUUUCAGCGUUAAUGUUAGGUGUUACAGUUUCAAUGAUAAUACUGGCCAAGACUUCUGGACUGUUUUGCUGCACGAAUUAACUAAAGCUUGUUGGAUUUAUCAACAGAUCUUGGACUGAGUUAGAUAGGAAAGACUUUUGGGAAGCAAAAUGCAUUUAUGCUAUUUACUUGUAAGUCGUGUGCUAAUCAGAUUUUGUUUGGAAUUCCUACACCUUCCCACCGUAGCCUCAGCAAUAGAGUUUUGACCUUUUAGUUGCAGAGAUUCUGUUUGACUUUAGUGAAGAUGUUUAAAGUUUAACCGUCUCUUUCUUUCAACAAUAAAGACUUAGACAAAGAUAAUCUAACUUUACUGAAAUGAAUUGGUCUUGAUACUAUUUGAGCCUGAUGACUGUCAGACUUGAGGGUGCUAAUGCAGAAUUUGGCUGUCAUUAACUUCCCAUUGUCUUACCAAACUUAGAUUAAGUAUUAAACUAGCCAAUAAAAGCAUGUGGUGGCCCUCAGACAAACAUUGUCCCCCUAGAUGGUUGGGUGAUUGAGAUUGUCAAAUAUCUGUGCCUUUCAUUUCAGAUGCCCUUACUGUUUCUCCUGUUUCACAGGUUCAAGUGAGUCACUUUCUUGAAAUUUGCAUCCUAGUUCAAGAAAGCUUUGAGUGUAGAAGUGUAUUUCCAGACAGAAUCCUCUCUAGAUUAAUGAAUAACUCUCAUUCUGAAACUAAAGUUCAAGAUGGCAUAAUUUCACAGAAAUCUUUAGGGAGCUGCUCUUCCCAGAUCUGAGAAGGUCUGAGAGGCAUUUAUUUUGAGCUUGGGUGCAGGAGGAAUGCAAGAAACACCGUCAUAGACAGGAUCCUGCACUUGGAUCUUAAAAAUGUCUCGCACCACAGAAAUUACUUGAGCCUCAAUGUCAAGGAAUUAGCUGUCAGCAAGAUUCACUGUUAUUUCCCUUUUUUUUUUCAGCUCUUGCCCACUUUCUAUCUUCCUUUGCGAAGGUGGUCUUCUCUAGCUUAGAGCAUCUCCACACUUUUUUUUUCUUUGCUUUAAUCGUUCACUAGUGAUUACUGCUAAAGAUUGUGAGCAGCUGGUCAGCAAAUUAUUUUUACUGGAAAGACCAAACUAUCUACCAUUGCCAGCACAACAUGGUGUUAUUCUGUUUUUAUUUGAUUUCCACAUCCACAGUUCUUUGUUUUAGUUUAAUGUUUAACUCUCAGCAUUCAUAAGUUUUGCAGUUUGUACAUCUGAGCACCUGUUUUGUGAUGGCACAAUUCCUUUGAGUGUUGCAAGUAACUCCUUUUCACAAUGAUUGCCAACGCUUUGAAAUUCCAACAUAUUGAUCAAGAAAUUAGUAAAUGGUUUGAAAUAGUCUUCAGACCCAAAUAUUAAACUGACAAUAGUUAGGCAUAGUGCUGUAAUCUGAUUUCCCCUACUACCCAAGAAAGUUUGUUUUCACUGAAGUCAAACAAAGAUCGGAAUCUGGAGCACCAGACUAUAUAAAAAGGACAGGAUCAGGCUACAUAAAAUAAAAAAUAACUUGAACAGUACAAAUCAAUGUGAGCCUGUAGUAAGCAAGAUUGUCAGUGACAGUGAGCAAGACAUGCUUUAUUUUCUUAUUUUAAAACUUGUUGAAAAUACUUUUGUCAUAAUGAUACACAUUGCAGUUGUGUGGAACAACACUGCUCUUGGGAAAAGGAAAUGUGGUUGACUGUUUAGCCCCUUCAGGCUAUUUCAGCAAUUAGUUGGAUCAUGGCUUUUCUAUAUUUCAACUGUUUGCCUUGGCUCCCUUGAAACCUGUACCCAACAGAAACGUUAUUUCUCUCUGCUCUCUUGCUUGAAAAUUUCAAUUGAUCCUGUAAACAUAGCUUUUUUUUUUUUGGUAGUGAUGUUGGGGAGCAGGAAAGAUUUGAAGAAUUCCUGAUUUUCACAUCCUUAUGUGAACAAGUGCUCCGUGAUUUCACUUCUAAUUGGCCUAGUUCUAAUUUUGAGAAUAUCAUCUUUCGCAAUUAUUGUAAAAGCUCUAAUUUCAUCUGUACCUACCUAGUUAAAUCCCAUUAUUUUGCAUUCUUGAUUGUGAAUCCUCAACCUUUUAAACUCUAGAUAAUGAAAAAGAGAUUUAUGCGACCUGUCUUCAUAACUGAACUGUAAGUUCAGGUAAAUCUAUAACUACAUCUGUUAUUCUGGCCGAGUUCCACUAACUAGCUCACAGCAAAUGUUAAAUCCACAGAUUUGCAUCUAUGCAGUUUCAUGGUUAUAUAGCACAAUUUCUAGAUCUAGAGUUUAAGAAAAUUGAUUAAUUCAACUGAAUAGUUUCUUCAAGAUAUCAGUUUCUAGGGAUUUAUCAUGAGUCCAAUUAUUCUCUCCAGUACCGUUUUAUUAAAACAAUCUCUAGGUUAAAUCCAGUAAGGUUUUCCUUUUAACUUAUUGUGUAACUGAGACUUUGUAUUUUGACCUCUCCUUCCAAUAUGUACCAGAUGGAGAGUAUUUUAAUAAAUUGGCCAUUUCCACAUGUUAUUUAUAUAUUAAUAAAAACACCUUGUAGUUUUUUAGAUUCCAUUCAAGCUUUUUUUUAUAUUAGCCUUUUCUCUCCAUUUGCUAAUUUUUAUAGUUCCCUGGUAUUCUGGUUGUCAAAUGAAAUGUGUACAAUACCUAUAAAUGAACCUUUUCUAAUCUAUUAGAAUUUGUUCUUGGAAUUCUGACAACAUAAAUGUUGAGCACCACCUUUCAAUGUUUAGCUGACCUCCUAGUUCACUAAGUUCUUUUCUUUCCUUUUCAUAUCAAGAACUAUUGUUAACUCAUCAGUGAGAAGGUUAGUAUCAUUUGACAUCCACAAUCCUCACUAGUCUCACUCCUAUUAUCAUGCUGCAAUCUUUAGUUCUCAGGCCUCCCUACUGAGCAUUGGAUAAACAAUCGAGAUUUUGUACAAAGGAAUAGACUGUUUCUAAUGGAGCACCAGAUAUAAAAUAUAUCCUGAGCCUUCGCUUUGAAGAUGCAACUCUAGAGAGACCAAUUUUCCUCAAAAGCAGUGACUUUUUUGUAUUUCUAGGUUUCCAAUUUUUAAAGCCCACAAUGGAAGGGAUUUAUACACAGGUAUCAAGAUCGCAAUGACUAUCUUUGACCCAUGACUUGUCAGUAAUCCUAUUGGUUGCUACAUAGUAGCUCUGCCUCAAGAACUCUUGAGAAUUGAUGUGGUUACUAUUACCUUGCAAAAGGACAAGAUUAGCACACAAAGAUGUCUAAUUAAUCAAGUAAUGAUUCCAAAACACUAGAAAACCAGGUGUUCUCUCUCUUUCAUGGUUAACAUUUUUCCCUCAACCAAUAACAUAAAAGCAAGUAUCGCUUCAUCUUUUUGUUCAUGUGGAAUGAUGUGGAUCUCUGGAGAAGCUGUUUUUAAUUACAUAAAUUAAUGCCAUCAUGCCAAUGGUGUGCUAUAAUUUUUCAAGUAUUUCAAUCCGAUUCAUUAUUGACAAUAAUAAUUGUCAUUUGUAAGAGUCCCUGAAUAAUCACUUGUCCAACAGCUAGUGUUCUUCAAUUUAUUUAUUCAUGUAUUGUAAGUUUAUCUGAUCUAUGUAAACCGUUUCAAUUAUGUUCUAUAAAGACACUAUCUUUCUCCAUUCUUCACACUGGUCAAUUUUGCAUUAGUCUACCAUGCCUUGAGAAUCCAGAAAAACCAGUAAUAACGCAAUAUUCCUGAUUUUCUGUGAUGUCCUGUUGCAAUUUCAACUUUGUGUACAAAUUCAGCAGCCAUAACAUUUUUAGUCGCUUCCAAGUUUUUAUCUCAAUAAAUAACUACUCAAAUUAUAUCAAUGACAACAUAAGAUCUUCCAUUAUGCAAUCAAAAUGGUAAUCCCUUUCAUUGCAAAAGAACAUUGUGUUAGUAAAAGGAUAGACAUUUGUUGGACAGGCACUUGUUUCCUAAGGCAACGCAACUUGAAGCAGACUUGUGAUAAGGUUAUUAUCAGCAAAUUGGAUCAUAAAUUGUAUCUCUACAUAAACUCUUCACUCAGAAAAACACUUACUUGUGCAACAGUAACAUUAUCCACUAAAACGAUUGGUUUCACAAUACCUUAAGUCCACCAAUUGGUGUGACUUUCACACUUUUGCUCAUUGUAUUGAUUACACAGUACAAACUGACAUAGGCACUAAUCAGAUAUCAAUAUUUACAGUUUGCAGUUCAUGUUUCCAUUUUAUUUUCCAGUUUUCUGUAAACAUUUGUAUCUGGGAGAUGAAUGAAUUUUAAGCCCUGUAGAUAUGGCUUUCUUUUGUCUUUUUUUUUUAAAACUCCACAUACAAAGGCCUCCUGAUAUGUUCCUUUUUGUUCACAUUCUGUCUUGAUACUCUAUCUACAGGAAUUAAAGUUUGGAUCAGGCUGAAACCUUGUCGGUUGGCAUGCAGUGUCUAAAAUGGCCACACUUAGUAAAAGUUUGUUAGGCAGAAUAUCUGAUGGUGUUUUUUAACCACUUGAAUGGUUGAGCAUUAAUUUGUAUUUGUCAAUUAAACAAUUGCAAGGAGUUUACCUAUGAUGGAUAAUCUUCUGUUGGUCCAUGUGUGCUGUAUAAAUGUUUAACUGUUGUUUGGUGUAGCACAGUUAGCCCUGGAGUUAUGUUGAAUCUGAAACAAUGUUACGAGGUCCCUGCCAGCAAAUCAUUUGCACUAUUAACGGUGUGUAUAACGAUGCUUAUAAACGAUGAUGGCCCUUGUCAAAAUUCUUGCUCAGGUUCAGCUGAAAUGGUCAAGUGAUGUGAAUAAACAAUGGGGUAGAAUGGGGAAAGCUGAAAUUUUGGUCUCAGUUGGCAGUCGUGUCAGUCAAUGUAUGAUUUCAUUUCACCAAUGUGCAUAACAGAAUAAUCACAGGGCAAUACUAUUCCUAUUCAAGUUCAAAAUAUUUGUGUAGUUUAUAAAUUCAAAAUUAACCAGGAGAUAUUCAAGUAACUCAAAACUGAGGUACUGUAUUAGAUGUUGAAGAAAGAUUUGCAGAGUUUCUUUAUUGAAUUUUUUGGAUGAAACUGAAUUAUUUGGGCCUAUGGAGCAUCCAUUUUUUAAAAAUGUUUGUUACUUGAUUGGGAGUUUGUGUAGGCAUGUGGAAGAAAGCUUUGGACUUUAAAUAUUAGUUUUGACAUUGGUGUGCAUAUAUACACUUGAGAAUAUUGUUCUGAAGAGAGACCAUAUUUCCCCUAUUUGCAUCUAACUAAGAUAUGACCGUCUACGUAUCUACCAAACAUUUGGCAGUGUAGGGGGAGGAAUAGGCAAAUGGCUGAGGCUACCACCUGCAAAGCCCGUUCUGAUAAGACUGAAAUCUGUACCUAUACCUUCUGUCCCACAUAUACUGGAGUUAACUUGUGCUUGUGUUUAAUUUUUUUUUCUUGUUCAAUUCAAAAUCUUGCCAGUUUUGCAUUUGUUUCUGUUAUACAUUCCAGCUACUGGUUGAUUCAUUGAGGUCUAAUAACUAAUCAUCAAAACUUUUGCACUCAACUUAUUAGGCCUUCAGAUGUGAGGAUACAGAAAAGCAAUGGUUUUCAGCUGUUUAUACAUUCACUCCCUUUAGUGAAAAGGCCUUUUUGUCUGUUAAAUCUUUUGGUUUGAAUUACAAGCAACAAAGAAGUAAUUUGACAAAUUCAUUCUUCAGUCUUUAUUUGUAGCUUUCCUGCUAGCAUGUCACCUUUGAUUCAAGGUUUAAGCACAUUGUUGUGUUUGGAUGUUUGUGCAACAAUAUUGAUUAUGUUUGGUCUCCAAACAAAAACCACUGUUAAGUCCUUUCCUUUUGAAGUGUGGGCAGCUUUGCUAUUUAUUUUAAAAACCGAAAGUACUGUGGAUGCUGUAAAUCGAGAACAAAAACAAAGUUGCUGGAAAAGUUCAGCAGGUCUGGCAGCAUCUGUGAAGAAGAAAAACAGAGUUAACGUUUUGGGUCCGGUGAUCCAAAGUUCUGAGGAAGGGUCACCAGACCCAAAAUCUUAACUUUGUUUUUUUUCCCCUCACCAGUGCUGCCAAACCUGCUGAGCUUUUCAGCAACUUUGUUUUUGUUGCUAUUUAUUUUAUUUCUUUUGCUGUUAUUAAUUGGAACCUUAUGAUGUAACUCAAUGGCUGUCAUUGUGGGGGGAGAAAUAAAACUGGGUUAGUGCAAUUUGAAGCAACAAGACAAGGCACAUUUGGACGGAACAAAUUGCUCAAAUUCAAUGCUAUCCAUGUUUUGCACCUACUAGCAAUAAUCUAAUUUCUAUAUGUGGUGCCAUGACUUGUACAAUUGCCUUCCAAUCAACACAUUACUGCAGUUUUUUUUAAACUCUACUCCUUUUUGAAUGCUGAAGAAGGAUGCUGACUUUUUUAAAAAAAAAAAAAGUCCAGUUAGCCCUUUACUGGCAAGCUGUCUUUUUAAUGCAUACACAUUUUAAUCAAUCUAUAAUACUGCUGUCAUUGUUGCAAUAACAAAUUAAAUGUUACAAUCUGAGGUUAAUUCAAUGAUAUUUUUAUUAGCACAUCCCUGUACUUGUCAUUCAGUGCACGCUUUAUACCUUUUUAUAUAUCCUAGUUUGCACACCUUGAAUAAAUCAAUGCUGCAAAAGUAAAUGUUUUGAUGGUACUAUUUGUCUGUUUCAUUGAAUGCAUCUUUCUACAUUACCAGAAUCUUUUGAAUUGAAGAUAUUAGCACAGGAUUUCUUUGUGCUAAAUGUAAUAUCACAGAAAACAUUUUUGUUCAACAGUAAUUACCUUGUAUAACAGUUUUGGUAUAGUGAGGUUCUGUACAUUUCUUGCAUUGUUUACAAUACCAAUAUGCAGAAAUCAACUGUUCGCAUUGUAAUGUAAAUUGAUAUGUGAGAAAGUGCAAAGCCUUUUCAGUAUUGGAAAAGUUUAAAUGUACAUCAAGAUCUGCUUCAAGAUUUUUCAGCUACUGUAAAAAUUAAAUUCUAAAUUGGAGAUUUUAAAGGUGCCAGAACUAUACUUCAGUAGCUAUGUACUGAAAAGGACUUUUUCAAUAGCCCUAAAUACUUAUGAUGGCAGUGGAAGGCAAGCUAUCCAACAUGGGUUUGAUAUUGUCAUUUGUAUCAGUGAAAUGAGAUAACCUGCUCAGAUAUCAAGAAAGCUUUGGUGCAUGGAAAGAUUAGUUAACAUGCACUUCAAAUAACACUUACAUUCAAAUUCCAAAUGUCAUAUAGUACCAGAAGAUUAAAAAAUAAUGCAUUCAAGAUAAUGUUAGACAUACAAGGACAAAAUAUUGUAAUUCUGGUCAACAACAUUGAUAAUGUUUCAUCAUUGCCUGGCAUUUUUUUGUGUCUAAGCAGGACUGAAAGAUCAUUGAAUUAAUCUGUGUUGAAAGCAUGUAAAACUGCCAAGAUGUCAACAUUUGGCAUGCAAUCCUAAACUAUAGAAUGGGAAAGCUGGGGAGUAGUUUAAAUAGUAGCAUACCUGUGUGUGUAAAUCCACAGUGCACUUUGAUUAAAAUGUAAUGUACCCAUUAAUGGGGACUGGUAGGAAUGGACACAUACUGAAUAUGUUUAUAAUCUGUAUUUUGUUCAAUAAAAUCUAACAUUAAA